GUCUUUCGACGCCCCGCUAGCUCUGACGACUAUCUGCAUUUCUAAGUUGCUUGUAGUUCAGCUAGAUUUUGCACCUCCGGACCCAUCGAUACCGCACCAUCGUCAAACGGUAGUUCGGCAUUGCUAUUAUCGACAUGAAUUGUCGAUGCCAUUGUGGCCCCAUCGGCCCUGGUUACUACCGAAUGACAUUAUGAGCGUGACGUAGUGAGUAUAAAAUUAUUCAUGUGAUCCACGCGCUGCUUUCUGUUAUAGGAGUGCCGCGUGAACAGUUUCGGCUGCCCUGCAUACGCGUCUAAAAGGCUUGCAUUGACACAGUACCCACCGUACUAUUCUUUCCUUGAAUUCCACCACUUUUCGAAAAUCCUUCGUUCACCAUGGGUCACGUCUGGUCAGCGUACAUUCGCGAGAUUUUUCCUCCUUCAACAAACUUUUACGCGUCUGAUGUCCCAGACAUGUCUGGAAAGGUUGUUCUCGUCACCGGUGCUAAUACAGGGAUAGGCAAGGAGACCGCCAGAGUCCUCCUCACAAAAAACGCCAAGGUUUAUGUUGCUUGUCGCGACAAGGCCAAGGGUGAAGCUGCUAUUCGCGAACUCAAGGAGAGCACCGGAAAAGAAGCUUGUUUCUUGCAACUCAACUUAGCAAACUUGAAGUCUGUCAAGGCUUCCGGAGAAGAGUUUCUGCGGAGAGAACCCGUACUGCACGUCCUAUUCAACAAUGCUGGGGUAAUGACUCCUCCUAAAGAGAUGUUGACGGACGACGGUUAUGAUCUUCAAUUUGGGACGAAUGUCCUUGGUCACUUCUACUUCACGAAAAUGAUCAUGCCAGCACUUCUAACGGGUGUCGCGCAGUCACCUGCCGGAACUGUACGCGUUGUGAACACGGCUUCUAACGCCCACUGGUUCGGUAGUCUAAACUACAAUACGUUCAGGGACUCUCCCGCCAGGAAAAAGCAGAGCAUCAUGAAUCUCUACGGUCAAAGCAAAAUGGGCAACGUCUUAUUUGCGGCUGAGCUAGCUAGACGAUAUGGCGACCAGGGUAUAGUCUCGAUAGCACUCAACCCUGGUGGUAUCAGGACAGAGCUUAGCCGCUAUUAUGACUUCUUUUCCAAACUGAUGAGCGAUAUAUUCUUCCAUGAUGUAUCAUUUGGCGCGCUCACGCAGUUAUACGCUGGAACCACUGCAGAAGGAGCGAAUCUUAACGGAAAGUAUCUCAUUCCUUGGGCACGCAUUGGGAACACACAUCCAGAGGGGCAGGAUCCACAGCAGGCUUCAGAGCUAUGGAACUGGUUUGAGGAGCAAGUCAAGGACCUUUAGAUUCGAUUGAUUCGAUUGAUCGUGUCGGUAUUAUAUGGUUGUAUAAUUCCCUUCAACGUUUUAACACAAAGCCUAGGGGUAUAUUGGUUUAUGUAUUCAUCGCUUGGUUGGAGUCGAUAUUCAUGCUGGAGGCGGUCACUCGAUCUUGAGUCGAGUGUUCUAUAUCAUGACAAAUGACUUUUUUUUCAUUCUCGAGGACGU